CAUCAGGAAGCUGUGAGUAAGUAGCUCCAGGGUCGAGCUGUGUUGCUGCUAGGCGAUCAUUGAAAGUGGCUAAUGCUGUCUGCAUGCAACCUGACUGCGCCAGCGGAAACCUCGUGAGAAAAACUGGAUUUAAAAGGUUUCAGAAACAAUAGCACGCAAGGUAUGACGUCACUGCCGAUGAGCAGGCUGCUGCUGCUGAUGAUGACACUGGCGGCGUAUGCGUACGGACGGUCCGCCGGACAAACGGCGGACAUCGUGACUUCCUCUGGCCGACUGCGAGGUCGCGUCGAGGAGUUUGGUCGGACGAAGGUGCGCAUCUUCCACGGAAUACCAUUUGCACAACCACCAGUCGGCAAUCUACGCUUCAAGAAGCCAGUCACCGUUGAGCCGUGGCCAGGCGUGCUGGAAGCAACCACCAUGCCGCCUGUGUGCCCGCAGCCAGAAUCAUUUCCUGACAGUCCCGAGGAAUACGAGCCGAGGACGAACCGAAGCGAGGAUUGCCUAUAUCUCAGCAUAGUGGCGCCCGACGUGAACAGUAGUGACGCGCGUCUGUCCACCAUGGUGUGGAUCCACGGCGGCGCCUUCAUGGUAGGUGGAAUCAGCGUCGAUAUGUACAAUCCACGCAACCUUGUCUUGUACACGAAUGUCAUCGUCGUGUCGAUUCAAUACCGCCUCGGACCACUCGGCUUUCUUUACCUCGGCAGCGACGAUGCACCUGGUAGCAUGGGCAUGCUCGACCAGGUGCUUGCCCUUGAGUGGGUGAAGCAGAACAUUGCUUCGUUCGGCGGAGACCCGGACAGCAUCACACUGAUCGGUGAGAGCGCGGGCAGCAUGAGCACUUCCUUCCACCUUAUGUCGCCCCUCAGCCGCGACCUGUUCAACAGAGCAAUCAUGAUGAGCGGCAGUGCCAUGAUGCCCGGCGGGUAUCACGAGCCCGAUGACCAGAAGUCGCGCUCCGUGAAACUGGCGAAGUUCGUCGGAUGCGACCAUGACGACGAAGCAGAGAUGGUCGCUUGUUUAAUGGAGGUGCCGGCCAACGAUCUCGCCACGGCUCAGCUCCACCCCGACGUGCUCGUUCUCGACAAUGCUCUGGCCUCCCUCCUGGGCUUCGAACCCACGAUCGACGGCAGCUUCUUGAAAGACGCGCCCGAGAAUCUACUGAAGAAUGGAGAAUUCAAGCGCGCGAGCGUCAUGUUCGGAACGGUUCGUGACGAGGGCUCAUGGUUCAUGUUCACCUCACUGCCUGCGCUGAUCACACUCACAGACCCCACCAACGUCAGUGUCGACCUGUACGAAUCGAGCAUUCCGAAGUUGCUGCCAACGUACAGCGAUGGCGUACACAAGGUUGUCGAAUUCACCUACACUGACUGGUCGUACGCGCCCACCUCCAGAAGCCAGUCUCUAAUUGACAUGAUUGGUGACUACCACUUCGUCUGCCCCGCCGUUAAGGAAGCAAGCCGUUAUGCGGACGAGGGAGAAAACGUCUACAUGUACUUUUUCACACAUCAGUCAACGGACAGCAAGACGCCGGAAUGGGCUGGUGUGAUGCACGGGGAGGAUAUCGCGUAUAUGUUCGGACUUCCGCCGGAUGUGUCAGGCUUCACGAUGUAUGACAAGGAGGUCAGCAAACACAUGAUGAACUACUUCAGUAACUUCGCGAAGAGCGGAAAUCCGAACAAGCCUAGCCAAGUUGACGAGCGGUGGCUGGCAUUUAAGGUUAAUGAGGAGACGGAUGGGCCUAAACGCUACUACAAGGAGCUAAGCACUAAGAGGAAUGCUUGGGGACGCGGUCCCCGCCUGCGUGAAUGUACCUUAUGGAACGACGUCGUACCAUUUCUGCAGCAGGAAUCAGAGAGCAGUGGAUUGGGAGUCACGCCAACAGUAAUCACAAUAGUGACAGCCGCUAUGUCGACUCUAUCGUUGAUUUCGGUGUAAAUGUUAACAUUUGCGCCUAUGCCUACGUCGCACUAACAAUACAUAACGAGCAAUACAUCACUAAUUACGCGAAUGGGAUUUAACGCAAUUUUCACAUGGUAAUUUACUUUCUCAUUGGUGGAGUCGUUCUAAAGAGUUUUAUUGAGAUUGGCAUUGACAUACGGUGAGUUGUAUACACUACAGAGGCAUUAUGAACAUGAGUGGCAGUAACAUGAGCAGGCACGUCGCCAGGCGGAGGCCUGGAAGUUCGGGCUUCAAUAUUAUUUCCGUUUUUUUCAUAAAGUAUGGAAUUAAACAGUUGCAAUGUACUUUUUACUGUGUUUCAAAUGUUAAAAUUUAAUUCGCGAGCGUACACCAUUUUCCAUAUUUAUCCGUAGCAUUUCAAAUAUUUUCGGGGGAUGCCCCCUGGACCCCCACCAGGGGGAGGGAGAAACCCCCUCACAUACUCUCCCUCCUUUACGGCGCUUCGCGCCUUCUAUUCGUCAUCCCGCUAUUCGUGACUGUUCUUUAACAUUAGUCAAUCUAUGGCGACGGCCUUGGUGUGUGAGGCUGGCUCUUCGUAUGGUCUCUCACACAGAAUUUCCUCCGAAAUCAAAUAACUGCUUUUCUCUACUUUAAUCAUAGACAAUAUGUAUAAGCCACAAUUCAGUUAGGGUUAGGGUUAGGGAUGUUGAAAACUAUGUACUUUAGGAGUCGGCAUUAAAAUACUUAUAUAUCUUAUCGAAUUCUGACUUAGAUUUUAAUCGAUUGAAUAAAGUACCUAUUAAAAACAAAAAAA